CUCGAGGACGACGAUUGUGGAGGGCAAGAAAUCGGAAAUCUUGGCGCAGGGAUCGUGGAAUUGGCCGCUGUGGCAGACUUAGGAGCUCGGGCGGAGGACGAUGCUUUCGAGCCGGCAUUUCGUCAGUGGAGUCUCAUCCAUCCAAAGCCUCUCGCGCUCUGCAGGAUGCGCGUCCUCCGAUUGCCCUGCGGCGCUCGUGACGUCGACGUCGCCGAGGACGAGGAGGAGAAUGCUUUGUUUUCCUCUCGUGGGACGGCCCAAUUGCGCACUUUCCCCAAUGCCGGCGUCUCUGCGGAAUGACAGCUUCGAAGUUGGUGGUUUCGGUUUUGUUGAAACUCGCGGUUUGAAGCGGGAUGCGCCUCUUACGACACCGCGAGCAGGAGGUGGCUCGGUGGACCUCGCGAUCACCACAAAUGAGCCCAUUCACCUCAUGGUUGUCUCCGACUUGGACUUCACCAUGGUUGAUCACAACGACUCCGAGAGCACGGAUUUGCUACGGUUCAAUAUGUUAUGGGCUGCAGACUAUGCCCACAAUUCUCUGUUGGUUUUCUCAUCCGGACGAUCUCCCGAGAAAUACCAACAGCUUCGAAGAGAAGUACCGCUUCUGACUCCCGACGUGGGAAUUUUCUCCGUGGGGACCGAGAUACUUUACGGGUCAUCGUUGGAUCCCGACGUGGGAUGGGAGAACUAUUUGAAUGAAGGUUGGAAUCGUGAUCUGGUUCUCGAAGAGGCCCAGAAGUUUCCAGCACUCAGAUUUCAGGAAGAUUCUGAACAGCGUCCUCACAAAGUCAGCUUCUUCGUGGAAAAGGAUCUAGCAAAGGAUAUAGUGCGAGACCUUACUCAGAGGCUGAAGGACUGUGGGCUGAAGGUGAAGUUGAUAUACAGUGGAGGCUAUGCAUUGGAUGUGCUACCCCAAGGAGCAGGGAAAGGUGAAGCACUCGCUUAUUUACUCAAGCAGCUGAAGGAGAAAAACAAGAUUCCGAAAGAGACACUGGUUUGUGGAGACUCGGGAAAUGAUGCUGAGCUCUACACAGUCGAAGGUGUAAAGGGAGUAAUUGUAGGCAACGCAAUGGAGGAGCUUCUUCACUGGUAUGAUGCUCUCCAAUCGAAAGACCACAUUUUUAAAGCCACUCAGAGGUGUGCAGGUGGAAUUAUACAGGCUAUUGAGCACUUCGCCCUUGGUUCUUAUGAGGUACCGGCGGACAGGAUAAAGAACUCCAGUACAACAUUUGACCCAGAAAGCUCAGAUAGAAAGCCUGCAAGUGGUUCUGCUACAAGGGAAAUUGUGGAUGUCAAUACUGCUCUAGUCAUGUGGGUUAAUGGUGACAUUCCAAACACAGAUGCUGCCCACAACCGCAUUCUUGGUGUCAUGGCAGAGGAUGGGACAAUGGUGUAUCCCUGGGGAGAAGAGAGGCUUUUAAGAAAGUCUGUGGUGUCUUACAAAAGCAAACACGGUUUGAAGAAAGACUCCAAAGUUCAAGUUUGGAUGGACUGUAUUAAGGAGCAAAAACUAGCCGACAACAUCAUUCUUGUCUCCUGGCAAUCUUGGCAACAAUCGACCAGUGGAGAGAACCGGAAGGGUAACUUUGCCACUGCUAUACUAAGAACCAAGAUGGGAACCCCAAAUGGGUUGGAGUGGGUACGAGUGCACGAAACACCUCGACAAUGUAACUGAUAUUUCUCGUGAGCCGAUUCCAGCAAUUUAUUAUUUGAUUCUCUACAGAGUCACAGUUGCAGAAAAUUUUAGCUGUGGUGAAACAGUUGACCGAGAGCCUUGUUCUGCAGUAGAGCUGACAGCCUUCACAAUGCUGAUUCGUAAUUUGGAACUAGCAAAACGUUUUGGAUUUGCUUGCGAAGAUCCAAAAGCUGUUGAAUAGUCCCGAUUGCUCGAAUUUUUUAAAACUCCAUAAUUAUUUUGGAAGUUUGGUUUGAUGUUUCUU